GCUUGUUUUAUGAUCUACUUUUACUAAUUUUUUUAGCCCAAACCAGGGCUUAUGUAAUCAUCAUGCGUUCGUCCGUCCGUCUUUCGAUAGCUCUAACAGGCAUUUCUGGACCAACUUUGACCAAAACGCUGGGCAAUGCAUAUGCAACAACCGAAUUUGAAGAUGUGGGUCAAAUUAGUAGUAUGUAGGUGUGCUGCAUAUCAAUUUUCACAAAACUCUGGUUGAUUUUGCAUUGAAAUCAAUUUCAUAGCACCUUUUCACACUGAAUGCCAAAACAUUCACGAAUUACUUGUCGUCAAGUUAAAUCGGUAACUACAAAGUUCAACUAAAUUUCGACAGAAGUCAGACUCUCGUUCUGAGAAAUUUUCAAUUUCCGCAAUAAUAAAUUUUACACGGUCGAUCCCACUCCCAUCUAAAUUCUCAGUAAAUCAAAUUUCUAAAUUCAUACCCACCCAAUCCAACCUCAGAAACAAUAAUGUCCUUCAACAGCAGCCUCUUCAACGGAUCAAUUCCUAAUAACCAAGAUGGAUCCGGAAGUUUGCACGACUCUCGCAACAUGUCCAUACAAAGACCCAUGUACACCCGCGACGCAAGUUUGCCCCCACCGGAAGGGAGUGGACUUCCCGGCACCGUCUUAAAUGAGCUUCAUUACUUCAUCGACAAACUUUGCGACAAAUUAAAGAUAGAAUUGAUCGAGUCUAAAAUCCCAAUGAUUGCGGACGCAUAUAAAGAACAACUUUUGAUCAAUCGAGUUCCAAGAAUUGUAGUGAAUAAGGUGGUACAGAACUUGGAAGAACUAAUAAUGGAAAAAUUGAAAUCAACCUUGCCUUCCGUGGUCACGGAGGUCUUGAUAGGAAAAUACGGUCCUGCAAUCAACAACGUCGUGAAGGCUCUAAAGGAUGGAAAUCUCGUCUGUAGCAAACCCUGCAUUUGUGGACAAACAAAUAAUUCACAACUGAAAGAUAGUUCUCAAGAUGGUUCGCAAGAAGCAGAAAAAUUUCCGGAAAACUGUAUCAACACGUGUCCAUGCAUGAGGAAAGCACAAUUUGUGGAAAGGAGUAGAGAACCCGUGGGGGGAAGCCGUGGGGGCAAAAGUUGUUCGUUUAGGAGGAGAGAUCAAAGUGCAGAAAGAAGUUCGGUAAUAGAACGGCGGAGAGAAGAUCUUUUAGAACAGAAGAGAGAAGCAAGUGGACAACGGAGGGCAGCAGAAAUUAUGGAACGGAGGAGGAGACAACAAGAAGAACGAGAUGCAGAAGACAGGAGACAACAAAUUUCAGAAAGUAGAAGAGAACAAUUUCCGCAAGACUGUAUCAACACGUGUCCAUGCACGAGGAACAACGCCGCGUGUUCCAUGCCGUCCGCAGCAUCUCGAAACAGAAAUACAUAA